AUGACCGACCCUCCGCCGCCCAUCACGCCCGGGCCGGGCCAGCAGCUUCGCCCGGCCAGGCGCCAGUACCGCCACUCCGACGAGCACUCGCCCAGUCGUGCCCGAACCAACGACGACCUUCUAAGCCGCCUCACACCCAUGACCGCCGUCGAGAUGCUCCAAACACCAAACACCGAAUUAAAACAAUGCCUCGACAACUCUACCAUUAGUGAACAGGAAUUUGCCAUGCGCGCCGCUGUGGCCAGCCGAAAGAUCUACGAAUGGUUGGAGGAGCUUUCCGAUUGGCCCUGGCCUGGCACGAGCGGCUCGGCCGGGUUUGGCAUGCCAGACGCAAAGGGGACGAAGCUCGCAAAUGAGGAGGGUGCCGAUGAUUUGGUAUACCUCGGGAGCCUGCCCGCCGAGAGCGUCGCUCAGUACGAGCAGCGGGUGGACGGCAUCUCUCACGACAUGGACGAGUUGCACAUUGAAGAAAUCAAGACCCACGUCAUGCAUACCCACAUCAUUCCGCUAUCGAGACCCGGAACGCCACUGUCACCUACGCGGCCCAUCGCUGGCGGGGCGCUUUCAUACAAUCGAAUGGACGACUUGACAGCUCUUCUCACAGCAAUCAUCGUCCAAGCACUGCCGAAUUUGUCAAAGCUCUGCCGACUGCUCAAAGUCUGGCACAUACGCCUCUCUGUCCUCCGUCGCAUUCCUGACUUGUUGUCUGGUAUCGCAGAGGCCGAGUACGCUCUCGAGUCUGCAUGGAACGUGCUGUCAUCUCCGGCCGGCACGCCCACUGUCGAAAAUGGAAACAAGGGCAAUGCCGAAGACAGUCUCUCUCAACUUAAACACGCCUUCACUGUUGUAAAGGCCGUGCUGGAGACUCAAAUCACAAAAUCGGGACGCAGUCUCGACUUCAUGCUCGACAGCCUCGAGGGGCUGCAGGACACACUGCCCGACAGCUGGCUUGACCGUAUGGAGGCUGUCGAGCGCAACUACGCCGACUGGGUGGCCGCCGGCGAGCACAGGAUCCGACAAGGAGACUGGGCUAGGGUGCAUCAGCAGAAGGCACUCCCGCCAGUCAUCAAAGGCGAGGCCGAAGCCGCUGAGCCCACGAAACCUAGUGGCUUGCCAGUAGUAGACGACGAUAGGACCGUCACUUUGCCCGUGCCGAUUACCAUUGAUCCGCCAGAAGAGGACAUGCGAGAGACAAACAAUCAGUCUGCUUCCGACGACGAGGACGACACAAUCGAGCUGUCCCCCUCGCAACUCCAAGCGCAGAAGAAAACACAAGCAACUGUCGCUGGCGGCCUUGACGGCUCCAGCGAGGUUGCGAAGCCCAGGCGAACGCCGUUGGGCGAGUUGCAAAAUGAGGAAAACACCAAAAGGAAGGUGUCAGGGGCACCCAAGGACAACAAGAAAGAAUCCGUUGUGUCGAAGCUUAGGGCGGUGUUCGAAAGCAGCGCAAGGUCCAGCUCAUCCUCUUCUGUUCAUAAUGCGGACGAGAUUCUGCCCGACACGCCUGACGAUGAAGAAGAGUUGCAGCUGCCACCGCUGAUUCGACCAGCCCGACGCGGAAGCGACGCGUCGAACUCGUCCACAAUCAUCCACGGACACACCAGCCUGCUCGCAGAUGCCUCCAGCGACAUGCCUGAAAUCUCCGCAUCGCCACCUCUGCCACGCCAGAAGCGUGCCGAGACCCUGAGCCGCAAGUCGGCUGCUGACCGCUUCAUGAGCAUCAGCCCUCCCAGCUCUCCCCCAUUCCGGCCCAGCUACAGAGAAGACAGCGCAAGUCCGAUGAUGAGGCCCCGGGAUGAGGGUCUCCUGCCAGCCCUGCCUCUGGAGUCGUCGUUCAACGAGGAAGAUUACGACCACUCCUUCAUCAGCAUGGGAACGCCAAGAGAGCCUGGCAGUAGGGAAGAUGACCAUCUCCGACAGCAAAUCAGCGACAUUUUGGAGUCAAUCCCUGCCAACAUCAAGCUGGCCAGAGCCACGCCAAAGGUGGACUUGAAUCCGCCGCCGCCUGAUCUGCCCGCCAAGAGGCUUAAGAAGCCGUCGCGGGAGACCAUGCGGAGAAGCGCCUCUGCCAUGUCCAUGACAUCGCGGACAUCUUCGCGGGCGACUACACCGUGGCUGACACUCGCUCCCGCAUACGCCAAGAACCCCAGACCCAGGCGCCCUCAAAACGGACAAGACGUCAGAGUCUAUCAUCUUUCUCGUUCCACCGGCGAAGCGCCCAUUAAGCUUCUCAUCCGCUGCGUUGGCGAGCACGGCGAGCGUGUCAUGGUACGUGUUGGGGGUGGAUGGGCUGAUCUAGGGGAGUAUCUCAAGGAGUACGCUACGCAUCACGGCCGACGCUCCGCUGGGCCGGUAGACACGGCCGAGAUCAAGGUCCAGGACUUGCCGCGCGCGAGCAGUCGCGCCGCAAAUUCGAGCCCGCCGAGUCGACCAGCUUCCUCACUGGAAAUGUCACCCAUGACGCCGCUCAACGUCCGAAAGGCUAGGAAGUCGUUUGGCGCCGGCGACGUGGGCUCAUCGGCACCCCGGCUCCUGCCCAAUACGCCAGCCGUCCCGCCGAUCCCUGACAAGUUCACGCCCACGCCGUCCUCGGAAGAUUCAAACCGGUCUCGAUCAAGCUCCCACAUCAGCUGGGAAGAGGAUGAGAGUUCGUUUCUAGGCCUGGCAGGUCCCACUGGCCGCAAGGUUGAGAUGAGUGAAGAAAAUCGGGCUUGGGUAGAGAGCGUCAAGGAGAAGGUGCGUGCCGCUAGCGGCGAGACACGCAAGCCUUCUGAAUUCGGCGACAUGGGCAAGGUUGGGGGCACGAAGCGUGUCUUUCGGAAGGGAUAA